UGCGUCUCCAAGGUAACACAGCAUUAAAGAUUAAAAAAAAAGUUGUACGGGUGUGGACCGAGUGACACCUGUUCAUCAGCCAGCAAACUCCUCCCCUUCACCUCGCCAGGCAAACAUGCACGCGCUUGGACUGUUGUACUCGUUCACCUGUUCACAAGGGAAGUGUGAGUGUGUUGGGUGGAAGGGGGAGAGGGGAUAUAUUAGUCCGACAAGAUAUGGCUUUGCCGUCUCUUCCUCCCGCCAUCCGCGCCGCUUGGCCGUCCGACCGUCAGACCGUCCACAGUAGACGUCCCUGCGCUCGAGCGAGCUGUUCGCACACACACACCCACCCGAGAACUACAAUGGCACGACGAUCGACGAUGACACCCGGACAGUUGCAGAUGAAGACGCUGGUGGUGACGCUGUUGGCGAUGUUAGCAGCGACGUAUGUUCACUCUGGAGGAAAUCCUGACAGACCCUCUGGACGGCGUCUGUGUGGCCAACAGCUUGCCGACACCUUGGACAUGGUGUGCGGACAGACCGGCUUCAACUGGCGCAAGAGAUCAGCAGACGACACAAAGACAGCAGGACGAGAGCCGCGCUCCCUGAUGGCGGGCGUGCGGCAAGGUCGGUCUGUGGCUGACGAGUGUUGUCGUCAAGGGCCCUGCACCAUCCAGAUCCUCGAGAGCUACUGCGCCUCUUCAGUCGAGGGGGCAUCAGAAAAUAUGCGUUCUUACCUCAUUUCGAUGCUUAAUGGGCCUCAAAUGGCAUCCACAACGACGACACCAGAGACCACAGCAGCCACUGCUCGCCCUGGCUCCAACUCACCGGCAGCGGAGGUGUUCCGCGGUCCAUCUUGGCGAAAUAGCUCGAACUUCAAACAGUUCUUCUACCUGCCCGUGAACAGUCGGCCAACACGAAGUCCCCUUAUUUUCAAAUAAUUGAUACACAAUUCACACACACAAAAGCACUUGCUGGGACUUGCUUGUUGUAUUCGUCAAAGACCAAAAGUCUGUCGCACACAUUGUCUCCCCUGUACAUCGAGGCACUGAGUAAGCGCUGUUCACUCAGACGAUGACCAGUGCCUUCUAGAGCCAUAUUGACAUUGCAGUGUGUUACGCUUGAGUCGUGCUUGUCCCAUCCCAUCCACCCCACUUCCCCCAACCACCCAAGUCUCCACGCCUUUCUUGUGAAGACUACCCCAUUGCUGUGUGACUGUUUAGCCGAAACUCAAAACUGUUGUACCCGGCUGUCAAGAAGCAGUCAUUAGUCGUAUAAGCAAUGUCUUAGUGUUGUAUAAUUCAACGAAUCCACUGAAGAAUACCAGGAUGACGGUAGAAGCUGUUAAUUCACGAACGAAGAUCGUGUCGAGGGCUUAGAGACGCUGAACUUAAGGAAAUCCGAUCAAAUCACUGAGCAUGCGUGGAGCAUCGACGUCGCUCAUCGUCUUAACCGAUCAAGAGGAAAGCAACUUCCUGCACGGUAGGAAGUUUGGUGACCAAUAUGGAAGAA